UAUAAUCUAUCUUUUUUUGUGGCUCGUCAUUGUCGAAGUGUGUGGCACUUAAGGUGUAUUAUCUGUUAUAUGUGGAUCUAUAACAACAAAUAUAUCUUCCUGGUUUAUAAUAACGUGCAUACAUUAUUUUGGUGGGGACUCAUCCAAUCCGGUUAUUACAGUAACACAAUUCCUAUGAUAGCAGCUAUAUGUUUUUAUAUUAAGAAUAUUAAAAUUUGUGUAUUGCGCUGGCAUAUAAUGCAUGUACUUUAUAUUUGUACAUAUACCUCGACGAUCUUGACUUAGGGGUCGUUUGAUAACCCCUGAAUGACAGAUAUUUUGGGCUCAUUCAGAAUGGGCCUCGUUGAGAUCAUUUGAUAACACUGUAUCUGGACUGGACAACAAAAAAAUUACUGGACGACACCCUAAAAGCUUCUGGACGACACAACCUCAAGCCAUAAGCUCAAUCGUCCAGAUUUCUCAUCAAACCAUCGACUCCUAAGGGAAACCGCUCCUCUUGUAUAAAUCAUUCGCGGAAUUUUUAGGGUUUUUGGCGCCUAUUCUUAUGGCUUCUGCUAUUUAGGUAUUUAACCGGCUUCUUCUCUUCCCAGGCUUUUGUCAUCACGUCUAAUUCUAUUAGGUAUGAUUUCUCGAUCUUAAUUGUUUAAACCAGCAUACUCUUGUUUUCCACUGGGUGUUGUUUAUUGUUUGAGUCAUCAAUACUUUGCAACCUGUAAAUUGUGUGUAGAUAAAGAAUUAUAAUCUACAAUCAUCCUCUGUUUACUUUGACACCGGAAAGAAUUGUUGCUUCGAAUAUAACAAUGACAUAGUUAGAUGUUAUUUUUCUUGAAAAUGUAGACUGAAGUAGUAACUCAGAUGUUGCGUAGGGCUGUAAGAAUAUAGAUGUACAAUCCUCACUUGAUUUAAAAGCCUGAAAUCUUGUAGGAUGUAUCUUUUGCGUUUGAUUUUUAUUACUCCUAAGUAUAUAUGUUAGCAAGAAUUGUGCCAAAAUCUUAAGUUCAUCGGAGAUGUAUAUAUACCAAGUAACCAGUGAUUUAUUUUUCAUUAAUGCUGCUCGGUCCAAUGUACAAAGAGGAUAUUCAAUUUAGAGAAUUUUUACAAAGAAGAUGAUGUGAAAAAAAGUGCAUACUCAUUUUAAAGAGUAUUUUUUGUGUUUUUAUGAUUGGAUUUAAACUAUUUGAAGUUUGAACCAACAUGCUGUAGAUAAUUUUAAAUAUCUACAUUAGCAUUUGUUGUUAAAUGUUACUAUCUAUGCAGGACAUCAUUUCAUUAAUUUUCUUUAACCCUCUGCUUGCUUCGUUGAUUUGAACUCUUAUUUAAUAUGAUAGUUUACUGACCAUUCAAAGUUAACAGGACUAUUAACAUGUAUAUAUUCUCUGUGUAUAUCCUGGACUGGUGGCUUAUUGUAGUCAUAGUUUUGUAAUCUUCUUUUAUAAAAUUAUUAAUAUGGUUUUGGCACUCAAGUACAAGGGAUAAUAAGUAGAUAGCAUUGACGUUUUCUAUUUUUAACAUUUAACAUGAUAUAUCCGUAAAUUAUCAUCAUCCAGAUAAAUCAGCAGAAACUCAAACAAACAGCAUCAUUCAUUCAGAAACUCAAAUUCAUUGACCAUCCAGAUCGUCCAGAUGUUCUCUCGUCCAGAACCUUUGGUUCAGAUUUAACAAAUGACCCCUUAGUAUAUAUUCACUUUAUGUAGUUGCUAGAUCUAAGUUAUGAGAACUGUUCUACCAUGUGACAAAAUUACAAUCAUUCGGAAAUACUAAAUAAGGGAGUUUAACCCAGUGACAACAUCUAAGUUAGAGCUUGCACGGGCUAUAAAACUAGUUGGAUGUAAACGUAACAAACAAUACUUACACAUAAGACAAUAAAAAUUAAUCUCAUUUUGUAGGGGGAAUUCCGAAACAUGUAUAUAUAUGAAGAAAGAUCACAUGUAUAUUAAGGAAGAAUUAUAAUAAGUUAUAUUUUAUAAUAUUAUAUUAAUUUGAUAUAUUUAAUAAAUAUUUUGUUGUAAACUUAUUCAUAGAAAUUUUAUUUAAAAUAUAAUGUUAUUCCUAAAAUUAUAAAUAUAAUAUAUUUUUUAUUAAUACAAACAAGUUGAGAGGUCGCGUAAGGGGACACCGAGCUUAGAAUUUUGUGAUACAUAUUUCAUAUAAUCUAUAACUAUAUUUUUUAGAAUGGCUUGCUUAACUUUACAUUUCUAUUCUCAUCUUAUCUUAAUAUUUUAAAAAAUAUAUAUAUAUUUUCUAUCAAUAAAAAUUAAAAAAGAAAAAAAAUUCAUGAAAGGAUUAGUACCUAAAUUUAUAUAUCUGAAGUACACUACAUUUGGCCAGUAUAUAAUAUUUGUCCAAAUGCCGCAAAUCGUCUUGGAUCUAGAUGCGGUGGUCAGAAUUCCAAUAUUUCCUUUAUAAUUUCUGUUUGUAUUUAGAAAUUCUGUAUAAUGGAUAUUAUUUGACUUAUAAAUUUGUUAUUUGAUUUGUAUUUUAUUUUUUUACAUGAAAAUUAUUUCACUUGAUUCAAGUUUUUCAGAUUAUUUUUAUUUUAUUCAGUAUUAGAGUAAAAUAGUUUUGAUAUGUACUUGAUUCGUAUUUUAAUUCACUUCACAAUGAAAAAUAUUUCAUUUAGUUGAAGUAUAUAUAUUUUUAUUACUGAAUUUUAUAUUAAAAUUAGUACAUUUGAUAUUAUUAAUAGUAGUAAUUAAUGAUUUUAAUUUUUUUUAUUAAUAUAUGAAUAUCAAAUUAUCUAUACUAUACUAUAAUAAGCCAACAUGAGUAUAAUUUGUAGUCGUACAAAAUUUUGGUAUGGUCAUGUUCGUUAUAGCUACAAGUCUCCAGAGUCCAGCAUGUAGAGUUCUCUUGUCUUAUAUCAUUAAACAGUUUUAUAAAAUUUAAAUUACAAACACAUGUGAUGUACUCCACUAUUAUUCUUUCAAAUAUAAUUUAUACUUAGUUAAAAAAUAAAAAAUAUUUUAUUAUUUAUACUAAUAAUUUACAAUAUAAAAAAAUAUUGUUAAAGCUAAACUUAUAAGAGUGAAUAUAAUUGAAUAAAACUUCAAUUCAUUAAUAUUAUAACAUUAAUAAAAUGACAUAUAAUUUAAAUUAUAUAUAAUAAAUUUAAAAUUAUAUAAUCGCACGGGUUUAAGGCUCAAUGUUUACGUUGAAAUUAUGGAAUCAAAAACGGUAAGGUCAAAGGUCACUAGUAGGUGGACCCCACACCCUUCUGAUUCCCUCCAAAAGUGGAAUGCACAAAUCCGUGCACACAAUUGUGGUGGAGUAUUGAAUAAGAGUUACCUGUAGUUUUUUAGCCUAUUGCACUACCCUGCUACUCAUAUACACACAACACUGUCUUGUUUGUCUCACUCACACACAACAACACGCAAAACACCACCGCACUCUACAACCCUAUUUUUUAGCCUAUUGCACACUACUACCCACAACACGGCGCACAACAACACGCACUGUAGCAAUGCCGCCGAUGAUUUUGAGCUGCAAAAUCGAUGAUGAUGUUUUUGAGGACUCAGAGAUAGAGACUCUCAUUGUUGAUGAUUAUGAUUCUUCUCUGCAUGUUCCGCGUAUAGAUACCUACAUUCUCAACACAAGUGAUGCUAGUUUGGAUCACCAAAGGCUGCUACAAAGGCUGAACGCCUAUGAUUUGUUAGAAUUAAAGGUCACAGGCGAUGGGAAGUUUCAGUCUCGUGCACUUUAUAGCAUCCCAGAGUAUCAUAAGCAUGUCCGCAAGGAGGUAGUGAAACAGCUUAAGAAUAACCGUUCUUUGUACGAAGGCUAUGUCCCAAAUAAGUACAAGAAGUAUUACGAGAAAGUGGCCAAAUCUGGGGAAUGGGAAGACCAGGUUACUUUACAAGCAGCAGCUGAUAAGAUUUUAGGCUUGGAGGAACAUAUAGCUGGUCUUAAAUUUAUCCAUGUUACCGGGACAAAAGGGAAGAAUGAAGAUCAGAGCAAAUUUUCGCCAGUUAUGUGCAGUCAAGCCUCAAAUCAACUACAUGUACUACAUGUUUUAACAACAUUCAACAAGAUUAUAAAGACGGUGUUCUCAGAUCCUUUAAAAGGACUGUACACAGCCUCCAGUGGUUACCUCGUUACAGAAGUUGUGCAGUUCACACACGAGUUUGGGCAGUGGCAAGAAAAUAGUCAUUUACAGGAUUCUUCAGAGACUGAGUCUGACAGGAUUCUGCGCCUACGUUGUGGCAUGCAGAUCUUUGUGAAGACCCUGACUACAAAGACUAUAACCAUAGAAGCAGAAAGUUCGGACACUAUUGAUAGUGUCCGAGCUAAAAUUCAGGACAAGGAGGGUAUUCCUUUGCACGGGCAGAGGCUCAUUUUCGCAGGCAAGCAACUUAAAAAUGAUUUUACUCUUGCUGAUUACAACAUCCAGAGGGAAUCUACUCUUCACUUGGUUUUUCGCCUAUGUGGUGGCAUGAAAAGAUUUGUUAGCAACCUCAAUGGAAAGUCCUCCCUUCAACUUCUCAAUAGCCGCAUUAAGACACCUAGCUUCAUGUCCUCAAAUUUUACCUCAACUUCAAGUGCUCCUGACUCCAAUAAUCCAGUCACGGUUCCCUUCAUCUCAAGAGAUGACUUCAUGGCUCAUCCGGGUGUUGCAGAGGUUGUCCGCUCUUAUCGAAAGUCCUUAAAUUCUAAGAAAAAUCUAGGAGUUCCGGUGACAUGGAAAGAUGCGGUGUCGUGUUUUGAUAGCAAUCAUUCAGAAAACAUUGUUGCCUUUGAGGGUCUGAAGUUAUUCUCCGCUGUAAGAUAUAUUUCAAAGGAGACUUUUAUAGCGUUGUAUAUCAGAUGCACCAUGAAUGACAUCGGGGAUCUUUUGUACAUGCUGUACAAGUUAUACCUCAAAGUUGAAGGAUCAGGGAACAAGGAUGCAACUCCUAUUGUACGGUUGAGCCCUCUACUACGCCAGGAUACACUAUGUUAUGGUAUUAGAUCAGAUGCUUCAAUUGGGAAGAAGCACGAAGGCAACUUUGGGAUUGGCUACGUGAUCACGGAUUUAGAAGGGUCCAUUAUACGUAGCUAUAGUGCACAUGGUAUAUGUUUAUUUGAGAAUCUCACCAGGGGAGAACGUACGCUAAAAGCCGAGGUUCAGGCCAUUCGCGAGGCCUUAGAAUUUGCCGUCACUUGUCGUGAAAUUAGAAAGGUUAGGAUUCAGUUGGACUGCGCCUCCGCCGUCGAGGUAUUAGAAGGAAAGGUCUCGAAAAUUCCUGAGGACAUCAUGGACAUCAUAUGCCGCAUCGGUAUGCUUCUGAAAUCCUUCGAGGAGUAUUCAGUUUCACACCUCUACCGUGAACUGAAUAUGGACUGUGAUCUCCUCGCGAGUGCGGGUGUUGCUGGUGAUGCUGUUACAUCGGAGGAAUUCGAUGUUGUUCACAGGGAGUUGCCUAGAUUUAGGCAUUGUGUAAAAUUCCAAAGUUUACCAUCCAAUACCACUUGAUUUCUUGUGAGGUAAUGAAGAUUGCUGAACACUGUAAGACUACCAAAUGGAGCAGCAACAGCCGUUCCAGAGCAAAAAACUUGAUCAGCAUCAGUCAAUUGUCGACCAGAGUAUCAUCGCUCCUGAACCUGCAUCUGUUAAAAAUUUAUGCUGAGUACUAAAUCCUCAGGUUGACAGUUACAAAUUUAUGAACAACUAAUGGAGAGACACACUAACAGAAAGAUUUUCAAAUUUUUACUAAUUGGAUCCAGAAUCAUUUUGUAAGAUUACAUAUCAAGUAAGAUGGACUCCUGAAAUUUAUUUAUUAUUUUAUCCUAGAAAGCUAGUGUCUAUCGACUAGCAUGGCA